AAAAAAAUAGUUUUGUAUUAUUUUAAUCGGAAGCAUCUUGUAAAGAUUUAUAAGUUAUUUGCAGUUAGCAUUUCAAGCAAUCAACAAUGGGUAACGAUCAAUUUACAAUUGCAACUUAUGAAGAAGUCAAGGACUUGCCUAAUCAUCCUGAAAAACUAUUGAUUGACGUCCGAGAACCAUCCGAAGUUGUUGAAACCGGAAAAAUUCCUACUUCAGUUAACAUUCCAUUGUCCACAGUCGAGAAGGAAUUGAAAUUGAAUGACGAAGAGUUCAUGGCUAAAUAUUCACGCAGUAAGCCACAAUCUGAGGAUGAAAUCAUCUUUCAUUGUAAAUUAGGCGGAAGAGCUGGAAAAGCAGCUGACGUUGCAAUAGGUUUGGGUUUCAAGAACGUUAAAAACUAUAAAGGAAGUUGGGUAGAUUGGGCUAAACAAGAAAAGUUAUAAAGUGGAAAAUUGAUCGAACAAAAUUAUAGAUUAUGGAAAGAUAAGAUAUGAAAUCAUGCCUUAAAAAUAGAACAUAUGUAUUACACUUGAAAUUUCUAGCAAUCAUGCAUGUUUGGUGAUUUUAAUGUUUUAAAUGGUCUUAAAUGACUUAAAUAUCUAUUCUGUACUUAAUGUCUAAUUCACAA